AUGGCGGCGGCACCGGCAGGCGGCGGCGGCGCGCGGGCGCUGUCGCAGCGGGAGCAGGACAUCCAGAUGAUGCUCGCCGCCGACGUCCACCUCGGCACCAAGAACUGCGACUUCCAGAUGGAGCGCUACGUAUACAAGCGCCGCACUGAUGGUAUCUACAUUAUUAACCUUGGGAAGACCUGGGAGAAGCUACAGUUGGCUGCGAGGGUCAUCGUUGCAAUUGAAAAUCCUCAAGAUAUUAUAGUACAGUCCGCUAGGCCCUAUGGUCAGAGGGCUGUCCUCAAGUUUGCGCAGUACACUGGUGCUCAUGCCAUUGCCGGCAGGCACACUCCUGGUACAUUCACCAACCAGUUGCAAACCUCAUUCAGUGAGCCGCGCCUUCUUAUCCUGACUGACCCCAGGACUGAUCAUCAGCCCAUUAAGGAGUCUGCACUUGGAAACAUUCCCACCAUUGCCUUCUGCGACACUGACUCUCCUAUGCGCUAUGUUGAUAUUGGCAUUCCUGCCAAUAACAAGGGGAAACAGAGCAUUGGUUGUCUGUUCUGGCUGCUUGCCAGAAUGGUCCUCCAGAUGCGUGGUACAAUUCUUCCAGGACACAAGUGGGACAUCAUGGUUGAUCUGUUCUUCUACAGAGACCCGGAGGAAGCAAAGGAGCAGGAGGAAGAAGAGGCUCUGGUUGCUCCUGACUAUGGCGCAGUUGCAGAAUAUGCUGCUCCAGGGGCUGACAACUGGGGCGCCGAUUGGGGUGCUGGUGAAGCUGCAGCUCCACCUGCUGGCAUUCCUGCUGCUGGUGCAGACUGGGCUGCUGCUCCAGUUUCAUACACCUGUGGCUCUUACAGUUCCCCAUGUGAAUUUCAGCUCCUCCUGCUGAUGGUGUCUGGGAUGCAGCUGCGGCUCCUCCAGCAGCCACCGGAUGGGAACAAGGCGCCGCCCCCUGAUGCGGCACCUGCCCCCAACUAG